UUGGUGUUGCUGUUGCCGGGGCCGGAGAUUCGUUUUCGGCGGCGGGAAAGGCGGCGGUUGCUGGGGGGGAAGGAGUGGACUGUCAGUGUCCGGAUCGCUUCUGUGGCCUGGUGCUGCUCGCCGAAGAGUGUGGGCGCAUCCCGGGAUGAUCCUGAGCCGGGCGCAGUACGGUCAGAUCAGCCGCUACCUGGAGAGGCUGCGGCCCAACAGACAGGGCCUGAAGCUGCUGAUGGAGCAGUUCCCCAGUCAAUCGCAGUCCACUCUGCUGAGCAUCUUCUCCCUGGAGUACCAGAAACGAAUGAAAAGGACACAUGCAAGACAUCAUACAACUGAGGCUUGUGAAACUUAUUACCAAAGGUACCUGAGUGGUGUGAUGAACAAUGCAGCUGCCCCUGUUCUCUUCGAGCUGGCCAAUGAGAUGGACCUAGCUCCUUCGCUGAUGGCGAGAAUUGUGCUUGAAAAAUUCCUGCAAGAACGUGAACAGAUUAUGCCGAGCAAACCUGUCAUAAAUGGCAUGUUAAGGGACCCAUCUCAGAUUCCUGACAGGGUUCUAGCUAAUCAAGUCUAUCAGUGUACGGUGAACGACUCCUGUUAUGGACCAUUGGUAGACUGCAUCAAACAUGCGAUUGGACAGGAGCAUGAAAUUCUGCUUCGUGAAAAGUUGCAAAGAAAAGGACUGUCCUUUUUAGAUGAAGAUCAAUUGCGUGCUAAGGGCUAUGACAAAACUCCUGACAUAAUUUUAGAGGUACCAGUUGAUUUGGACCUGGAUUAGUGAUCUACUGGUGUGGAUUUAUUGAGGAGUUGGACUGUCACCGUAACCGUGGAAUCAUACUCAAAGAUUGUUUCCCCGAAGACAUUGUAACCUUGCACAGCACCAUGGCCAAUACUGAAUGCGGAAGGGAUAGGUGAAUCCGGAAGUGAUUUUUCCUUUCUGCAUUGAGAACUACUGACAAAAUCUUGACUGAACUUUUGUUGAACUCCUGCUGCCCUGGGUCACCGUAAUACCUCUUUAGAAAAACACAUUCAGGGUUUCUGCUUUAUUUCAGCAACACGCUUCUGUGAGCAGCCAAGAACUUAAAGACAUGCACCACUCAUUAUCAGUAUGCCCGUCUGUGUCAAUACUUUGUAGAUAGUCUUAAUCUUUCCAACUUCCGAAUUCUUUUCUCCAAUCUGAAGGGUGAAAAUUCAAAUGCCAGAAGGCACUAUUCGAAGUUUGUUUAAUUUAUUGAAACAUUAAUUGUUAAGGUUUAUUACUGUGCUGUGAAUUUAUAGGAGGGCUGUUUUUAUGAUAUGUUAAACAAUUGUAAGAUGGUUUAAAAUGUUUUAAUUUCAUCCAAAUUGGUUUACAAAGGGUAUUAUGUUAUAUCAUUGCAAAAUUGUCAUAAUUCAUCAAAUUAGCAGUCUGAAUGCAUAAUGUGUUAAAACAGAAGGAAUGAAUUCCUGGCAGUUAGAUUCUUCAAACAUGAUUUCCAGUUCAUAGCCAAGAACAUAACUUUGUUUUCUGAGCACUCACAUGUACAAGAUUUUGGGUUCACCCUCAAUAACAUAAAAGCUUGACAAUAAAUGUAUUUAAAGUAGUUUUAAUUGUAUCUAAUUGCUGCAUACAUCCAGCAAAGGUUUCUUAAAUUUCAGAGUGCUUAGUUGAGUAUGUUGUCUGCACCUGAUAUUGAGCUGAUAUGCAUUGUCUACACAAAGAUCCAGGUUUGGAAUUGCUGAAAGAAAUGUCAAAUCUGAUAAGCAGUGUAUAACUGGUUCUGCAACUGCUGUGAUCAGAUGCACAUAUUGUUCUCCAAUCUAUAUAUAUAACUAUGGUUUUAAUCUUCCACAAUUUAAUGCACAUGUCCAUGUAUCAGUUGUGUUUUUUUGAGGGGAUAUGUCACAUUAAUUUUAACAGCAAUCUGAUUUUAAAUUUUCCAGAUUUUUCUCAAAGCAUUAUUUUGUAAUCCUGCAUGCAUAUCUUUCUUUCAUUCAGCCCAGCUACUGUGCAGGCAAGCCAGCAUAUAUCAGUGCUGAUCCCCAGUUUGUAUAAUGGGGAGGGCUUGUGGCAGAAAGAGUUUCCUGCUAUAAAAUCAUGUGUCAAGUCAAUCAAAUUAUAGUCUAUUUCAAGGUGAUCCACUGGUUUUUGGUGGCCCCAUGUAGUACACAAAAAGCUAAAAGAGAAGCAAUUCUUUCUUUAAAUGUUAAAGAAAGAAGUUAUGUAACCUGUUCUGCAAUCCGCCUGACAGUAAGCCUCAGUGCCUUGAUUACUAGUGAUCAAAGGGAGGUUAGAUUAUUUUACUGAGAAACAGAUUCAAGCUAUUUGUGUUCUGCAACAAUGGCAGCAGCCAUUGAAUUUAACAGUAGAGACUGAAUUUCAAAAAUUCCAGAAAUAUUUAGAAUGUCAAGUUGUAAGCAAUUGUGCUUUAAAUUAUUCAUUUGGUUCUAGCAUUAAAAAAAGUUGGGUUCUGAAGAACUACUAAUCACAUGUCUACAAUCUGAAUGCAGUACUAAUAUGCUUCAAGUCGGCAUGGAGAAGAGGGCGGAGAUUCAUAAGAUCUGGUUACAGGCUUCCUUACAAGUCGAUGAAUAUUGUAGUUUUUUUGUGGUCAACAGAGAGAAGAGGCUACUUGACUUUGCUAACUACCACAAUUGCAUAUCUCUAGUCAAAUAAAUGCAUCCACAACCAUCUAAAGAUUCUGGGAUAUUUGUAUUGGCAUGGCCAGAGUAGAAGAAUUUUUCAGGCAGAUUUGCUGCUGGUAGUGAAUUUAGGAAAUUCUGCAAAAUCUAAGGGAAGUACUUAGAGGUGGUGGUCACUCAAAGUUACAACUGGGGCGAAACCAGGGAACAUGAGCACAUUGAAAGUUGGGAGACUGUUUCCUAAAGGGACUGUAAAUCUUUGGGGAAUAUGAUGUGUUAUCAGUAGAAAGGUGAAAGGUUUAUUUCUGUAAUUUAAUGGAUGUUAGCUUUUUUAAAAAGUGUUUAGGGAAU